GCUUCAAAUGCUUUUGCAAAACAAUUUGCAAAACCAAUGCACUGGUGGAAAUGUUUUCCAUUUAAAUGGAAUCUUCACUGAACUGAAGCAAAAUGUCUGGAACUCAUGCGAACGGAAACCUCGUGCCAAGAACCAAGAGUUCAACAGCACGAAUGUGUAGACCCUGGAUGAUGGAUCACGCAGUAGUAGACGAGGAAGCUCCAAUAGAUCCGAGGUUAAAAAAUCGGACUUUUACCGCCGAUCAGGACUUUGAAGGUCACCGAGCGCACACCGUUUUCGUUGGCGUCCACAUUCCGGGCUCAUCCCGUCGGCAUUCCCAGCGCCGUCGACACAAGCAUCAUCCGACGAGCCGGGAAAAUGGUGACAAAGGCGGUGCCGGAUCGGAAGCAGAACGGCCUGUCGUUGCGAAACCUCACAUCGUCACACAACGAAGAAUCAGCAUCGUUGAUGAUGGCGAAUCUUUUACGCCACCUGCACAAAGAGUACAGUUCAUCUUGGGCGGUGAAGUCGGCGGUGAAGGUGACGGUGCCCAACAUGAGUCACAUCCACUGUUCUCCGAAAUGGAGGAGCUGGUCAAGGAGGGUGACGAGAUGGCCUGGAAGGAAACGGCACGCUGGGUCAAGUUCGAGGAGGACGUCGAGGAGGGUGGUAACCGGUGGUCCAAACCGCACGUGGCCACCCUUUCGCUUCAUUCGCUGUUCGAACUGCGCAGUCUGCUGCUGAACGGUACCGUCAUGCUGGACAUGGAAGCCAUCAGCCUGGAACAGAUCGCGGAACUGGUGUGCGAGAACAUGGUCAACUCGGGCACACUGCCGGUUGAGGCACGGGACAAGGUGAUCGAUGCACUGCUCAAACGGCACAAGCAUCAGCAUGAGUUCGGCAACAAGAAAAGCCGACUGCCGCUGAUCCGUUCACUGGCCGACAUUGGCAAGAAUCAUUCGUCUUCGAAGAAUAUGCCACGCUCAUCCACCAGCUCCUCGGCCAACUCAAUCCCAAUGCACGUCGUUUCGUCGGCACCCACGGGCAUGCACGAAGAUGGCGAAUCCGCCCUGGCAUCGGUAUCGCCCCAAACGGCCCUGCUGUACGGCAGCAAAGACCAACGGGGUCACUAUCUAGCACUGCCAACAGUUGAAGACCAAACGAAUACUAACAGUCCACCGAAUAGUGCUACUAGCAAUGGCAGUAACCUGAAUGCAUCCAGCAAACCGACCAACGGCAACAGUGGCAGCGGCAAACACUUAACCGUACCCGGAAAAGCCGCCGGAGAACAUAUGACGCAAAGCCCGAGCAAUGUAUCGAUGCCGCGCAAUACCAGCUCGGGCGAGUUGCAGAACGGCGAGCAUAAAACGAACACACACUUCAUGCGCAAAAUACCACCCGGUGCCGAGGCAAGCAAUAUUCUUGUCGGAGAGGUUGACUUCCUGGACAAGACGCUAUCGGCCUUUCUGCGGCUUAACAGCGCCUCGGUAAUGGGCGAUCUGACGGAGGUACCGGUACCGACCAGGUUCAUCUUUAUCCUGCUCGGACCACCGGGUAGCCAUGGAAGUUUCCACGAGAUUGGGCGCGCAAUGGCAACGCUAAUGUCGGACGAGAUUUUCCACGAAGUUGCCUACCGUGCGAAAAAGCGCGAACAUCUGCUUGCCGGUAUUGACGAAUUUCUGGACGCAGUUACCGUGUUGCCACCGGGGGAAUGGGAUCCAUCCAUUCGGAUAGAACCACCGGCGGCGAUACCUUCGCAGGAAGUCCGCAAACGACCGCCGGAGAAGAACCCCAAGGAAGAAAUCGACGAGGAGCUCGAGGAGCAGCGACAGCGCGAAGAAGCGGGUCUCUCCCGUACGGGCCGUCUAUUUGGUGGGCUUAUCAACGAUCUGAAGCGGAAGGCACCGUUCUAUCUGUCCGACUUUAAGGACGGGCUAUCGAUGCAGUGUGUAGCGUCGUGGAUUUUCCUCUACUUCGCUUGUCUCUCGCCGAUCAUCACGUUCGGUGGUUUGUUGGGGACGGCCACCGGUAAUAAUAUCGCUGCGAUGGAAUCGCUCGUAUCGGGUUUUGUGUGCGGCAUCGGGUAUGGGUUCUUUUCCGGCCAACCGCUCACCAUACUCGGUUCGACCGGACCGGUGCUGGUGUUUGAAACGAUCGUGUACGAGUUCUGCAUGAAGGUGGGCUGGGAUUAUCUAACGUUCCGCUUCUGGAUCGGUACCUGGAUCACGAUCAUUCUCUUCCUGCUGGUGGCGGUCGAUGCGAGUGCACUCGUUUGCUACAUUACGCGAUUUACCGAGGAAAACUUUGCCUGCCUGAUCGCCGUCAUCUUCAUCUACAAGGCGAUCGAGAAUGUGUUCCACAUUGGGCAGGAGUAUCCAAUCAAUACGGCUGGUGCGAAGUUUGAUUGCUCGUGUCUACCACCGGUAGGACAGGAGCUCACUGCGGACACAAUCCAUCAGUGGUCACAGUAUGAUCUACGCACGUGCAAGAGCUUCAACGGAACGCUAACCGGAACCGACUGUAACAAACCCGAGUUUGUGUCGGAUGUCUUCCUUAUGUCGAUCGUACUAUUUCUCGGCACGUACAUCAUAUCGGUGAUCCUGAAGGACUUCAAGAAUGCUCUGUUCUUCCCGUCGGUCGUGCGUCAAUUCAUUAGCGAUUUCUCGGUCACGAUUGCAAUCUUCUCGAUGACGCUGCUCGAUUUCUUCACCCACAUCGCGACACCGAAGCUGGAUGUGCCGAGCGAGUUUAAGCGCACGAUCCCGGACCGGGGCUGGAUCAUUAUGCCAUUCCACGAGAACAAUCCGGGCUGGUCGGCGGCACUCGCGAUCCUGCCCGCCCUGCUCGGUACCAUACUGAUAUUCAUGGAUCAACAAAUAACGGCUGUGAUAAUCAAUAGGAAGGAACACAAACUUACCAAGGGUUGUGGCUACCACCUGGAUCUGUUCGUGCUGUCCUGCUUGAUACAGAUCUGCACCAUCAUGGGUCUACCUUGGUUCGUUGCUGCCACCGUGCUCAGUAUUAAUCAUGUCAAUUCCCUGAAGAAAGAAUCCGAAACGGCUGCUCCGGGCGAGAAGCCACAGUUUAUCGGUGUACGUGAGCAGCGCGUUACCCACAUACUGAUCUUUCUGAUGAUCGGGUGUUCCGUGCUGUUGACACCGUUACUAUCUCACAUUCCGAUGCCGGUACUGUACGGCGUAUUUCUGUACAUGGGUGUUUCCGCCCUCAAGGGACUGCAGUUCUUCGAUCGCUUGCUGAUCAUGCUGAUGCCUGCCAAGUAUCAACCGGACUAUAUGUUCUUGCGACAGGUUCCCAUUCGGCGCGUCCAUCUGUUCACCAUCAUACAGCUGGCCUGCUUUGCCGUGCUGUGGUUAAUUAAAUCGUUCUCCAUCACUUCCAUUCUCUUCCCACUGAUGUUGGUGGUAAUGAUCGGGGUGCGGAAAUCGCUGGACUACUUCUUUACCAAGCGCGAACUGAAGAUCCUGGAUGACAUUAUGCCGGAGAUGACGAAACGUGCCCGGGCGGACGAUCUUCAUCAGCUCGAGGACGGCGAGGACUCUGGACAGCAUUCGGCCGACAAUCUGCAGCUGCCGCUGGAGAAUGGUACCGUGAACGAGAAGGGCAAGAUAAACAUAUCGGAGGAAGUAAAUCGUACCACCAUCUGGAAGCAGGUGAACAAUUGUAAUGUGCUCUUCACGAAAAAACAAACACCGGCGGCGACACAGAAACAUUUGCAACAGCUAUCAAAAUCGAGUGAAACGGAGAAAAGACUGUCCACCAUGCGUGAGGAAGACGAGGUUGCUGAUGAGACAGGUCGUCAAUUAAGUCAGCAGAAGAAGACACAGAAAAUGAAGCGAGAGUUUUGGAUGAAUUCCCGCACCGGCAGCAGUAACGGUCGUGCCAAUAGCAAUAGCAGCAGUGCCGGAAGCAAAAUCGUUGGCACCGACAGUCCUGCGAUGAGCCGCGGAAGCAACAGCGCUUCCGAAACGCAGGUGUAAACACAGGAUGGACGUUUUAUCACGGUUUAGUACAGUAGUUGUGUUUGGUAGGAGCGAACUUAGUGCAAUGGAAGCGUUACGGUAACGUGGUGUAACGUGGUGGCCCAGCGAUCCUUUACAGAUCGAGUAGAAUAUUUGAAUCAGGAAUGUGUGAAGUCUGUAGAGAGAGAGAGAGGGAGAGAAAGAGAGAGUGUAUCGAUUGUUCCUGCCACAGAAUCAGCUCCCUUUCAUAGGAUAAUGUCGACUAGGUGAAUUUACCCAAAAUAUACCCCCCUUAUUGGAAGGAUGAACUUUUUGAACAAAACAUUUAUACCCCAAAAAAAAAGACUAGAGAGAAAUAAGAGAGGGAGAGACAGAGAGCGAGAGAACCGAAAAGCAGUCAAUCAAUCCGCAUUGUGAAUGGAUUAGCAUUUUUUUCUAGUACAUAAGAAUCUGUUGCGAGAAAAUGUUGGACAUGUUGGAACCUUUUUUUUCUCACGGCAACACACCCGCUUUUUUAACUCCCCCCACGUUGUAGGACAAAUUACAAACUACGUAAAAAAUAAUUCCACUGGAUUAAACAAUAUAUUACACUGAUAAUAAAUCGCAACAUUUCUAUUAAGGUUA